AUGCCAGCCACCUCAAGCCAAAUCUCAAAUUCUCACCCCCCUUCGACUUACUCCGCUAGAUCAGUAUUUCCCCAGGCACCCAUCUUCACCCUUGAUACCUUCUCAGAUCGUGACUUCAUUGUCAAAGACUUUGUGGAAGCUCUUUCCGACAGCGCCGUUCCUCCCAAUCGCAGAUCCGGUCCAGCGCAUCAAAGCAAUGCAUUCGACCCAAAGCCCCUCAUACGCAGCUUCGAGCAUGCCCUCAACCGAAUGGGCGAUCUCUCCGGAGACUUGGAAUCAAAGGAAAAUGAACUGUCGGGGGCAGUACGACGAGCAGAAGCACAGCAUAAUACCAAUGUCCAAACUCUAAGCCGAAGGCUUGAACAGACUGUCAACUCGUUCAACCUUCUUGACGCAUCUCUCAAUGGGGACCAGUAUGAUAAUGGAGGCAAUGAGGUGGUGAAGAUUGGUGAAAAGCUUGAAGAUCUUGACAGGCAACGGCAGAGGGCGUUGGAUGCGAAGUUUCUGAUCCAAUGCUGGAUGGAAGUCAGCGAGCGUGGCGAGCUGAUAUUGCUGGAAGACAUCAGGCGGCAAGGCAGCGGGGAGGGCAAGGUUAGAUGCGCACGUAUUGCCCGACAAUUGAUGAGGAUCAGUCAACGACUUGAGCCUGAGAAUUGGACCCAUGUCAACGGCAAUGCAAAAGAGGUCAAUGGCGUCAAUGGUACCUACGGAAAGGACUACGAUCGAACAAGGCGGCAUCACAACACCAGAGAGCUAAUUGAGAAGUUCUCUGAAACGCUGGAAAAGGAUCUGCUCAAGUCUUUCGACGACUUCUACCGAAGGGAAAAUUUCGAGGGGAUGCGAGAGUGUGCCAACGUUCUUCACGACUUCAACGAUGGUGCAAGCGUCAUUGCAGCUUUCGUCAAUCAGCACGAUUUCUUCAUCCAACGGAACCAGCUCAUCACGGACGAAGUCGCUGGAGAUGCUGAGACUUGGGAUCGAUUGGCAGAUCCAGAUGCUGAGCCUCCUAGCGUUGAGCCCACUCUUCAGUCGUUGAUCGACGAAGUCAAGGUUGUCAUGCAAGAGGAAUCGAUCAUCAUCAGGAGAGCAUUUCCUUACUCCGACCAAGUGCUGGGAAAGUUCCUACAACGCAUUUUCCAGCAAUCUGUACAGCAGAGGCUCGAGAUGGUCCUCGAAAAGGCCAGCACUAUUUCUUCGCUUGCUUUUCUGAGAUCUUUGCAAGCGGCUAGGGCCUAUAUCAGUACCUUGAUAGACGACCUAAAAGCCCACGGCCUUACUGAGCAUCCAGAACCAGCUUCGCCGCAAAUUGCAAUCAUUCUCGAUCAACAAUUUGACGACUUAUUUGUACCAUAUUUUGUUGGUUCGUCAUACAUAGAGCGUGAAAAGAGGAAUUUGGAGGAGUUAUACUCGUCGCUAUUGUUCAGAUUUACUAUCUUUCACUCUCGAAGGCGCAAGAUACCCACCACGUUCAUGAAGUCUUUAGCCAAAUCAGGCAGUGAAAUGUUAGCAUCUGCUCGGGAUGCGUACGUGGAGCGUUUAGACUCAUCAGAUUUGGCUCCAGCACAAAAGGCCAUGCUUCUCAGAGUGGCAGGCUUGAAAGACUCGGAGAGCGCGAAAACCCAGACGGAGAUUGAAGUUACAGAACAAGACGGUGUUCUGAGUAUCGACAAUGCUAAGCGUAUGCUGAAAUGGCUUGCCGAAGCCGUAGGACGAGGUUUGGAGCUCAGUGGAGGCAAUGAGACCCCAAAAGAUGUUUUCGCUCUCCUCCAUCUCUUACUGGGAAACAUGGGCGAAAUAUAUCUCGAGACGGCAUUGGACUCCGCAAAUGACAUCGCCGCCAGCCAGGAGACAGCCAAGAACGAGCCGGAUCUAUCAUACCUGAUCGGCCUGCGCCCAGCUAUCGGUAUUAUGAAUCUAAUGAAUACCUGCAUCAGGGCUGUGCUCAUCCCACUGGCCUCUGCCAACGUAACGAUACGACGCGACAUGGAGAAGACCGCCAAUCUUGCCUUAGACAGAGUGGAAGAGAAAGUCAACAGUAUCAUGCAAAGAUCCAUUGACGUUGUCAUCACAUGGGUUACAAAAUUGCUCGCUCGUCAAAACAAGACCGACUUCCGGCCUCGAGAUGAUGCUUUAGGCGGAGGAGGCGCAUGGCUCGAGCAGCUUCAGACGCCGACCUGCCUGUCCAUCUUCCAAUUCCUAACCCGCAUCUACAGCCUCGCCUUAACAGCCCUCUCCCCUUCACCCAACCUCAUCGCCUUCCUCACCGAACUCGCCACCACAUUCCGCACCCUGCUCUUCGAGCACUUCAAAAAAUUCUCCGUGAAUGCAGCCGGCGGUAUCGUGGUCACGAAAGACAUUAGCAAGUAUAUCGAGUUACUAAAACCUUGGCAGCUGGACCCCAGCUUUGAGCCGAGUUUUGAAGUAUUGACCGAGAUUGGGAACCUUUUCGUGAUAGGGCCGGAGGCGCUAAAGGAGAGGUUGAGGGGGAAAGGUGGUGCAGGAGUAGGUGUAGGUGGUGGUGGGGCGUGGGAAAGGGGAGAUAUGCGGCCAUACGUGCUGAGGAGGGAGGAUGCUGGGAGUGUGGGGGUGCAGAGUGUGCUCAGUGCCUUGUAG